AUGUCAGAAGCCGCUCCAGCAAAGAAUGAGGAGACUCCGCUCCUGAGGCAUUCUCGGUCUCGUUCCAAUGCAGAAUAUCAAAGUGCGGCCGAACACUCACGAAGCUCAAGUUAUAGUUCUCUUAAUGGUGAGCCCGAUGACGAGGUCACAUUUCCCGCCCUGACGCAGGUCCCGUCUGCGUUGAGCUGGGACACUCAGCUCAAUUUGGCUCCAACAACGAGUUUGAGGAAACACCACGAUGGAGAUGAUCACCCAGUGCCACUGAUCUCACCAGAGGCACCUCGUCACGACUCUCGAUUCAUCGAUGUCUCUCCAUCGCAAUUUUGGAUCAUCUUCUCUGGAAUCAUGCUGGGCUACAUCAUUGGGUUCUUUGACUCAACGCUGAUGGCCUCGAGUCAUCCUGUGAUUACCUCGUACUUUAAUGCAGCCAAUUCAGCAUCUUGGCUCUCAACUGCCUUCCUUCUGACCUCCACGGCGUUCAUGCCUCUCUUUGGACGCACCUCGGAUGCUCUCGGGCGGAAACCCGUUUACCUCUUUUCCAUCUGUACAUUCUUCGUGACCACAGCAUGGUGCGGCCUCGCUCAAAACAUCGGUAGCUUCAUUGCAGCCAGAGCACUUUGUGGAGUGGGUGCUGGUGGAGUCAUGUCAAUGGGCCAAGUGAUAUCCAGUGAUCUUGUACGCCUCGAGUAUCGCGGGGUCUACCAGUCCUAUCUCAACCUAUGCUUGGGUAUUGGAAGUUGCACCGGACUGGCCUUUGGUGGCUUCUUGUGCGACUCUAUUGGCUGGAGAAAUGCCUUUCUCAUUCAACUGCCCUUUAUAUUCGUCUACUUUAUACUCGCAGCCGUGACGAUCCCGGCAAAGCUUGGUAUUAAAGUGGUUGGAACUGAGCGCAUGACUGUUAGACAGGUGAUUCGUAACGUGGACCUGACUGGAUCUGCGUUCCUUAUCUUGGCUGUCACUGCACUGAUCAUGGGCCUGAACCUGGGCGGCAACGUCUUUCCCUGGACUCACCCAUUGGUGAUCUGCUCUCUAAUCUUAGCCUUUGUCUUGACUAUUGUGCUUGUUCGAUACGAGCGCCAUGUGCCUCGGGCAGUGCUUCCCGUGGAGAUCCUGACCCGAAAUCCUCGAGCCAGUAUCCUUAGUGGCAAUUUUUUUGGAGCACUGUCGGUGAACACAAUGAUGUUCAAUGCCCCUCUUUAUUUUCAAGCCGUUAAGCUUGCAAGCCCUACAGAUUCGGGUCUUCGCCUCGUAGCCGCAUCGAUCGCUGUGACUGUAUCCAGCGUCGGAACCGGCUUUUUAAUCACUUGGUUGAAACGGAUGAAGCCGACCAUCAUUCUCGGAGCGAUAAGCAUGGUGGUCGGCGGAUGCGCUGCUGGUCUGAUGGGUCUUCACACUUCAGAUUCGGUCGCCAUGAUAUGCGUCUCAUUCUCCAGUCUUGGCCAGGGAUUCUCCUUCCCAAGUCUUAUGGUUUCAAUGCUUGCAACGAGUGAGCAGGAUGACCAGGCGGUUGCGACCACGACGCUUGGCUUGGUACGCAAUCUAGGUGCCGUUAUGGGCGUCUCCGUGAGCAGCUGGAUCUUCCAGAACAUGCUCAUCUGGCAACUGGACGAUAGAGUGACUGGGCCUGGCAAAGAUGAGGUCAUCAGCCUCGUGCGAAAAUCCAUUCGUGCUAUCUCUGAGCUAGAUCCCCUUCAUCAACGAGAAGUGAUCGAGGCGUAUGCAAUGUCUCUCCGUCUCACUUUCUUAUCUGCAGCCAUUUGGGGUCUCGUGAUGUUGAUUUUGCUGUCUCGAAUUAAACUGCCCAGGCUGGGACAGAAACGCGGCAAUGGCUCGUAG